AUUUAUGUUCAUGUUGUUGUUUCUUCCUCCAUCGUCAACGGCCUCGCGUCCAUGGAGAACGACCAGCUCGACACGGUCCUGCAGAAGGUGUGGGCCGCGGACAAGUUGCUGGAGGCGGACGGGGACUGGGCAGGCAAGACCGUGCUCCGGGGUCUGUGCCUCCUCGUGGCAGGCGUGGUCACCAUCAUGCAGGGGACCGCCGCCCGCGGCGUCUGGCACGUGCUUCGCUCGUGGCUCUUCCUGCGGCACCUGGAGUCCAGCGGCCUGAACUAUUCCGGGCACGAGCGGGACUGCGUGAGGUCGACGGCGCUGCUCGCCCUCGGAGUCUUCAACCUGUUCACGUCGAUGCUCCCCCCACAGGCCAUGUCGGCGGCCGGCUGGUUCACAGGCUUCAAGGGCGGCAGGGACCAGGCCAUGGUCCACUUGCGGCUCUGCUGGGAGGAGCAGGGGAUCCUUGCGCCGAUCGCGGGCCUCGUGCUCAUAGGCUGGGCGGUGGACGUUAGCAGCUUCCUCGGCGAGCUGCGUUCUGAGCGCGAGCCGAAGCACAGGGAGGCCCGCAGGAUACUCGACUGGGCGGCCGAGAAGUACCCAGGGGCGUUCUUCUACGAGGGGCUCGAGUGCAGCUACCUGUGCGCCCGCAGGGACCUGCCGGCCGCGGCGCAGCAGCUGGAGCGGGUGAAGGGCUCGGUGCAGGAGCUGCCGGCGUUCCUCUUCGUCGUGCACCUGCGCAGGGCCGUAACGCUCGCCGCCUGCUUCGACUGGGGCGCGGCGGGGGGCGCUUACGCCGCCGCCGUGGAGGUGCACAGGGCCAAGGGCCGGCGGGCGCUGUGCCCGGCGCUGGCGCUCAACUCGCACCUGUGCUACGUCGCCGCCGGGGACCAGGAGAAGGCCGCGGGAAUGCUGGAGCUGUGCCUGUCCUACGAGAAGGAAAAGAAGAAGUGGUCCCCGAUAGACAAGAACUCCCUGGCGUCGGCGAGGCUCGCCUGCGGGGCCAGCCCUGCGCCGGGCACCCCGAAGGCCGACGCCCAGGAGCCGCCAGCGGAAGACAGCGCGGCCGGGGCGGAGCAGCUGCCGUGGCGCCCGCGGCUGCUGCUCUACCUGAAGAUGUGCGUCGUGCACCGCGUGGUCGACUUCAUGUCCCCGGAGCAGGCCGAGGCGUUCCUCGGCAAGGUCCGCUGCGAGACGGACGCCUGCGAGGACGCCGACAGCCGCUGCGUGGGCCUGUGGAUCCAGGCCGAGGCCAUGCGGCAGAGCGAGCGCUGGGAGGAGGCACUGGCGCUCGCCCAGGCGUGCCUGCAGCUGCGGCCGGAGCUCGGCGCGGCGGGCCGCAAGAGCGGAGCGCUGCAGUUCACGAAGCUGAUCGAGGGGUACGCGCGCUUCGCGCAGGGCCGGCCGGCGGAGGCGAGGGAGGCGCUGUCGCAGCUGCAGCAGCUCGGGGGCGACCACGGCUUCCCGAAGCAGGUGGAGUUCAAGGCGACGCACCUCCGGAGGCUGGUGGGGGCCGAGUUCGAGAACAGCUACAUGGAGGUCAGCGUGGCCGCGCGGAGCAAGGCGCGCCUCGUCGUGGAGGUCCCCGACGGGACGGCCGCCGUGGAGUGGGACUGGCUGCUGAAGGACUUCACCAUAGGCUUUGUCGCCACCGCGAGGGGCGCUGAGGCCAAGGAGCUGCAGCGCGUGGAGAAGUACGCCGCCGAGGACGGGCCCUGCACCGGCAGCUGGGAGGGGACCGGCCCAGCCGUGCUCGAGCUGACUUUCGACAACUCCUUCAGCGUGAUGCGGGGCAAGAAGGUCUCCGUCCGGCUCCAACCGGCGGGGCUGAGGGUGGCGCGCGACGGCGGAUAGCGUGCAGGCCGUGGGCGCACGCCCUCGCGCCGGGGCCAGACGUCGGCGCGGCUCGGGUGCACGCGGAUUGAGUGUGCGUGCGCCGCGCGAUGGUCUGGGCAUUCC